CAUAUAUAAAAAUUAAACGCCGAAAGAAAAUGGACGCAGUCAAUUGGGAGGAAGAACGAGGACCCAAUCAGCUGUCCAUGUUUCAAGGACGUUGAAUGAACCUGUGAAUAUUUCUGAACCUUCGAAGGACACAGUACCAUCGUCUUCUGGUUUAUGUUCUCUCUAACGGUAUUUGUGUUAGAUAUGGUUAUGUCAUGUAGUCUUUAAUCUGACAUUAUGCCCAUUUCUAUGAGCUGUUUUUGCUUGCCGAAAGCUAGACCAAAGGCUAAGCAAGAACAAUCCUUCAUUCUUGCUUCGGAGACAUCCUUUACUGUAAAUGAGGUUGAGGCUUUGAUGAACCUUUUUAAGAAACUAAGCAGUGCAAUUAUUGAUGAUGGCUUCAUUCACAAGGAGGAGUUCCAGCUUGCACUUUUUAGAAAUAGUAGCAGACAGGAUCUAUUUGCAGACAGGGUUUUUGACAUGUUUGAUAUUAAGCGUAAUGGAGUAAUUGACUUUGGGGAAUUUGUUCGCUCACUGAGCAUUUUUCAUCCAAAUGCAUCUGAAGAGAAGAAAAUUGAAUUUGCAUUUCGAUUGUUUGACCUUCGGAAGACCGGAUUCAUUGAGCAUUACGAGUUAAAGGAAAUGGUCUUGGCUACUCUUACUGAUUCAGAUGUUACACUUCCAGAUGAUGUCAUUGAAUCAAUUGUGGAAAAGACAAUGAAGGAGGUUGACUUAAAAGGAGAUGGGAAGAUUGAUGGCGAAGAGUGGAGAGAGUAUGUGGCAAAAAAUCCUUCUCUUCUGAAGAUUAUGACCCUACCAUAUCUAAAGGAUAUAACCCUGGCAUUUCCCAGCUUUAUUUUGCACACUGAGGUGGAAGACUAGCUACAAAUAAUUGGCAACCAAUGCACCACAAGGAUUGCAGAUGUAGUAGAACAGAAUUACUCACCGAAUACAUUGUAUAAUGUGUUGAAAGCACCAUUAACCAGUUUAGUGUAUAGGUUGUCUGCCUGAUAAGAAUGAAUAAACCGAAAGUGUGCAUGUACUGAACAUUGUAUAUUUAUAUGCACAAUU